AUGGUUGACCAGUUUUAUCUUUUUCUCUCCCCUCCCUGCCCUCCUUAUCCCUUCUUCUUCUUUUCUAGUCCUCCAUUGUGGUCGGGAAGUCCCCUCUUCAGAAAGAACGGAGGAGUUCUCCUACAAGUUCCCCGUGGUGUGAUUCAAAAUGGCGCCCGUAUCCGUAGCCAGGCAUUCUUUCCUGUGAUAAGACCCCUACCUGUAAGCCCUGUGGGGAGCAGAACCUCAGCCAUAAGAUCAUCCCUGGGAGAUUAUCUAAGCCGAGGACAGGACAGCCCGUCCCGCUACUCCCCGCCACUCUGCAGCGAGGACCUCCAGGACGACCACACUUACAGCACCGCCAAAUCCCCCAGCAGGCUUUGCUCCCCUUCCUCCGGGAUGGACGACGACGACGACAUCAUCGCAGUGGAGAUCCAAUCGGACGUCAAACCCGAGCCCCGGGAGAUCUCGCUGGAUUCUCAAAUCACCUCCGCCGCUGCUAACUACAUUUCCCAGCAGUCCCUGCGCGGACAGAGACGUAGCUCGGGGCCGGGCGCUGGGACUCUGGCAGGGAGCAGUUUGUGGACCAAAAACCGAGCGAGGGGCAUUAGCGACACGCUGCCCCUGAAGAAGCGGCGCGCGGCGGCGGUGGAGAAGCCGCCGGAGAGCGACGACGAGGAGAUGAAGGAGGCGGCAGGGUCUCUGCUCCACCUGGCGGGGGUUCGAGCCUGCCUCAACAACAUCACAAACCGCACCGCCAAGGGCCAGAAGGAGCAGAAAGAGGCCCUGAGAAACUAACACACACGUAGUCACGCAAAAUGGACGCUACACACACACACACACACACACACACACACACACACACACACACACACACACACACACACACACACACACACACACACACACACACACACACACACACACACAAAUAGGUCAACAGGUAACUACAGCAUUAGUCUCUACGGACACGUCUCAUCUCCCUCUAUCUAUCUGCAGGGCAUUAGGUGAAUCCUACUUAUUUGUGGCAAUAUCAAAAAUCUAUGUUUUCCUACAUGUUCAGCAACACUAACAUCGAUGGGUAUUUCUCAUGUGUCUCUGUUGUUUUCGUUGUUUAAAAAGGGGAUGAAAGCCAUAAAAAAACACAACAACGCAUGUUUUGUCACUAAUUUGGACGACGCGACAAAACCAAAUCACAUUGAGGAGCGCGCAGUGCACGAACACAAAGGAUGGCUGUUUGUCUUACCUGUUUGUUUCUAUGUGAAUCUGUAGCAAUUUCGCAGUGAUGCCAGGAAAAAAAAUACGACGGCAGCGGAGCCUUUUUCAAAAACGAGACUUGGCGCUCUUCCCCGGGACGCUCGCUCGCUCGCACUUCUCCGACAUCCACGAGCACAAAUGUGAGACUGUGCCAAAGAUAAAGCAACCAGGUUGCUUCAUGUAGCCGAUUACGACAGCUGACAAAAAAUGAAAAAAUAUAAAGAAGGCAUAGCGGUAAAGAAGAGCUAAGGGAGGACGACCUCAAGCGUCAAAAAUAAUUGUAAAACCCAAUGUGAUAUAUAUUCAUGCACUUAAGAUUAUUUAACACCACUUAUAAUAGAAGCAUCAUGGGGUUUAUUUCAAGAGCACUCAUAGUAUUUAAGAAUAGAUAUUUUAAAAUGAAAAAAAAUUGUCAUGUUUAUCACCAUAGAGAUGGAUAGUGUGCCGGGUCUGAGGCAAUAUCUCCUUCAUUUUGUUGUUGUUGUUGUUGCAUAAUGUAAAACGUCCCUGAAUCUUCCCCAGUACUUCUGUCCAUAGACGUAGACACUUGGUAUAGAUAUGGUAGCUACCAGUUAGCUACAACCACCUUCCUAUUCAUUUGACAAUGUCAAAUUAACUAUAUACAUGAACUGUGGGUUUUUAGAUUUCUGUUUGUGUCUGUUUACCCUCACUCUUCCUCAUAAAGAUAUAAGCAAUUUGUCCCACGCGGGCAACUCUGUAAAAAGGUUAGAAAAUAUUUUAUUUUUUUCCUUUCUUAAUUGAAGCAAUUUGACCUGCAGGACUUUCUCAGUUAUAUUGCAUGGGUGCUUGUAAAUAAGAUAAAAAGCAAAUCUUUUUUAUUCAAAGAUCAUGUAAGAUAAACAAUGUAUUUAGCAUGAAGCAUGACUUAUUUUCAUAUAAACCUUGAUCCUAGAGGAAAGAAAAAAAGUUUUGCCGCCAAUUCUUAUACCCGUGAUUAUAAUGGAUUUAUUUUGUUUGUUUUUUUGUUUAGUUUGAAUCUUUUUGGGUUCUAUUUUUCCUCUGAGCGGGCUUUCAAAGACACGUCUUCAGGGAGGAGCGGGGGGGAUCACUCUGCACCUCUCGGGCUUUGGGUUCAGGCUCUGUAGGCCAGCUGGAUCACCUCUUAGGGGUGGGCUUCCGUCUUCUUCUGCCUGUACAGUGAUUUUUAGGUGUUCAAUGUUAACCCCAGUGUUAUUUCAGAACACAUCUGUAGAGUGUGUGAGUUUGUUUGUGUGCCCAGGAACACACACACCCUUUAACAUUGUGCCUGCCUGCCUGCCUGCCCUCAGUACCUCUGUCGUCAUGUCCCCCCCGACAUGUCAGAACGUUUCACGUCUUUAUUUAUAACAGUAUUGUUUACUUUUUCUCUCCUGUGUGUAAAUGUACAUGUGUCCUUAUUUUCCCAUCGGCAUAGUCAGUGUAAAUGUUUGGAUCGGACGGGCAUGGGAAACUUUGAAAGAACCUCAUAUCUCCAAACAUAGGUGUUGAAAAGAAAGAGGAAUGUAGGAGAUGGCAUCGUUUUUUAAAUUUACAAACAGUAUUAUACCCUUUGAUUAAAGGAAUCACUUGUGGAUGUCAACCUUGUAUACAUAUUUAUCUCAAGAGCUCUGUCUGGAGGUGUUCAUUUAAAUAUAUUUUGCCAAUCUACAAGACAAUAUCAUGGAAAUCCACAAGGGUCAGUUGGGGGCUUUGACAUUUUUGCAUCAGAAGUGAUAUAAAUACCACACUGCCAUAGAGUGGUGCGGUGAUGACGUAUUUCUGUAGGCCGACAGGGAAGUUAGCAUAGCUAGGGCUCCCUCGACAAAAAAACAAUAGGAUUUUUCCAUUGGAUUGUGGAAUAUUGCAGAAAAUAAGAUCUGUGGCAAACACACAUUUAUGAAAUGUAUAAUUUUUGUUGAGCAGUAUUAUCUCUACAAAUUAACACCCCUUUAAUGAUUUUUAGAGCGUAAAUUAACUAAAAUGCCAACGUUAUGCUAUAAAGAAAACUACAUUACGCUCGCAUGACUUUACUUCACUACAGCCAAGCUAACGGCGGCUAACGUUCGACCUGAUGACGAUUUGUAGUUUUUUGUUUUAAAGAAAUCGCAAUUUUUACGACACCAGUGGGGUUUUUUCUGACUUAUUUUAUGUCGUAAAACACAACCUGAAAAUCUCUUAAGCUUGUGUUCACCACAGAUCUUAUUUUAGGCAUCCAAAAACACGUUCAAAAAGACGUUGACUUCCAGACGAGGGAAUCAAAAAUGCGAACUCAAUCCUGGGUUUAAGGAUUCAUUCCUGCACCACUCUAUUAUUCCACAAACAGUAAUGCAUAAAGUAUUGAAUGCCCUCCACUUGCAGCUUUUCAGGAUAAAAUCAUGCUGGGUUUGGUUGUAGCAGUAGUCACAAGUUUUAUUUUGUUUUCUUUGUCGAGUGAUAGUCAGCGAGCCAAGCAGGCAAACAAAUGCAUGUCCCACCCUCCGGUACAGUCUUUUGCCACCUGUAGCAUGCAUCACUGGCUUCGCAUUUGUAUGGUAUCCAUGCCGACAUAUUAAAAAAAAAAGGCUAAAAGGAGACACUGUCUUGUUGUGUGCCAUCCGUCUCUCAUCUGAUAUCUGUCAUAGAGUGCUCCCGCGGCCCAGGUCAAGCACUAUGCUGUAUUUGUGGCAACAAUCCACUGUUGUGGUGACUAAUAACGUGUUCAGCUGGCAAGAGGCAUGUCGAAGGGGAACACAAUCCACAUUUUUUCCCUCUGACUCACUCGGUGACAUGCAGGAGGGAUGAACUCCUGACCUUUGAGUCCUGCAAAAACACACAAAUAUAGGCUACUAUUAAAGCAAAGGAAAUAUACUUCACUGCCUAAAAAGCCCCUUAAAACAAGUGUUAGUUUCAAACCUGCCAAACAUACAAAUAAAACGCCUCUUAAAAUAUACAGUUGCCAUUUUCUUUUGUUAUGCGCGUUUUCAUGUUCUGUUUUGUUUUUCUCUCUCUGACAAAAUUAUCUACAAUACUGCCAUUUUUUUUUUAGUGACUGUCUGAGUAUUGGAAAGCCAUAGGUUAGAGAUGUCAAAAUGCAAAACUGUUAUUGAUCUGUGAGAUGUGAUGCAGAGUGCUCCCGGGUGUAGUUGUUUUUUUUUGUUUUUUGUUCAGUUAAUGUUCAAUUCUCUCCCUAUUGUGCAAUCAUAUUGCCAAAGAAUGAUUUCAAGACCUAUUUCAUCACUACAUGUAAAUAUCAACGUUGUCCAAUACCGUGGCAAAAAAUAUAUAAAUGUUGUUUUAUUUUGUUUUCCAUUUUCUGAAAAACUGCAAUGAUGUUUAUGUGAUGUAUUGUCUUCCAGUUGGUUGCAAUAAUAAAAAAUACAAGUUGCAGAAGAUUA